AUGUUCAGUUUGCAAAUCGAAAAUUUGAGUUCACUAGCUUGCGCCACUGCUUGCGCUUGCGAGGUUCCGUUCUUCACUUUUCAGAUUUCUAUCUCCGGUCCCGUCAACAAAGAAUUGUGUUGCAGGCAUGUGUGGGAGUAUGAAAAGGAUAUCAUUAUGAAUUUGAACAGUUUUUUAUCUCUCCAGGAUACUACUCUGUAGCAUAAUGAAGAUGGAUAUACGAUUAUUAUUUAUACUUUUUUGCGUAAGUUAUUCUUCGCAAAAAUCUGAUGAUUAUUACGAGCUUCUUGGUGUGACUCGUGAUGCAGACAAUAAAGAAAUUAGAAAAGCAUUUAAGAGACUGGCGGUGACUCUUCAUCCUGAUAAGAAAAAGGAUGACCCUAAAGCUCACGACGUUUUCGUUAAACUGACGAGAGCUUACGAAGUUUUAAAAGAUCCAUCACAAAGGAAAAAUUAUGACUUAUACGGAGAUGAAAAGACUGACUACAGUAGACAAAAUAAUCAAUAUCACAGUUACACUUACUAUAGAGAUCAUUUUGGAAUUUAUGACGAUGAUCCAGAAAUAAUUACACUGAACAAAGCUGAUUUUGAAGCGAACGUGAUAGGCUCCUCGCUGCAGUGGUUCGUGAACUUCUACUCGCCGUUGUGCUCGCACUGCCACGAGUUGGCGCCGACGUGGCGGGCACUCGCCAAGCAGCUCAAGGGCGUCGUCAUGUUCGCCGCCGUCAACUGCGAGGACGACUGGGCUCUCUGUCGCCAGCAGAACAUCCGCUCCUAUCCGUCCCUCAUGUUCUAUCCAAAGGGUGAAAGGUAUCAAGGCUCGAGGACUGAGGAGAAACUAUUCAGAUACAUAUUGAACAAAGUGAAAGUGGAUGUAACUUAUGUCAGUGGCGGAGGAGAUUGGGACCUGAUCAUGAAUGACGAGAAACAAAGUUCAUGGAUCCUAUUGCUGUGUAAUAGUGAUGAACUCCCAAAAUGUCCUGUGGACGAUGAUCGAACUAAAAUUGCUGGUGUUUUGGCUGGCUUGGUAGGUAUAGCGGUGGUUGAUUGUAAGAAAUUGGCGCAAUGUGCAUCGCUGACAGGCAACACGGAUUCAAGUGUUGUAUUUUGGCAGCGGGUGUCGGCCUCGUGGUCUGCUCGCAGCGUCAGAAGCGAUCUGUCCAAUGCUCAGGAUGUCCUCAAAGAAGUCUUAGAUUUCCUGCCAGACUUGGUUCAACUUGACCAUGAAUCUUUCAAGACUAUGGUCACAGAUCUAGAGCAAGGAUCUAGUCUGUCAUGGUUGGUUUACUUUCACAUUGGAGCUGUCACAGAUUUCGAUAUGGAAGUGAAGAAGCUCUCAGCAAUGCUGCCUACGAUGCGAGUUGGUCGCGUGAACUGUGGCCGAUCAGCUGAUGUGUGUGUGGGCAUGCACAUAUCGCACUACCCGAGCUUCGUGGUGUUCAAGCGUGGUGGCGGCCACGAGUUCUAUCACGGCCAGGUCACCACACACAGUGUUGCCAACUUUGCCAAGGAGAGUGCGGCGGCCACCAACCUAAGAACCAUUUCGCAAACCGACUUCUCCAACUUGAUCAAUGGCCAAGAUGGCAAAGGCCAGGCGUGGUUCAUAGACUUCUACGCGCCUUGGUGCCCGCCCUGCCUGCGCCUGUUGCCCGAGCUUCGCAAGGCCAGCCGCCUGUUUGACGCCUCAGUCCGCUUCGGCACCGUCGAUUGCACCGUUCAUGCAGACCUGUGCAGGCGGCACAACAUCAACUCCUACCCCACCACUGUGCUCUUCAACGCCACCCGGCCUGUGCAGAUGUUCAGGGGUCGGCAUGCCGCCAGCAGCAUAUCCGAGUUCCUCACCGAGAUUGUCAAUCCCAAGUUACAAGACAUUGACACAGAAGGAUUCAAGAAAUUCAUAACAGAAAAACCCGAAAGUAAGAUGUGGUUUGUGUCCUUUGUUACCGACACUUGUCAGAAUUGCCAACAGCUGCAUUAUGAAAUGAAGAAACUUGCACAGCUGGUAUCUGACUUCACAUUCCUAUCUAUCGGUGAAGUGAACUGUGAUACUGAGGUAUCAGUCUGCAAUGACAAUAAUAUCAAGUUUUUCCCAACUCUACGCUUAUAUCCUUCGGGAAGUAAAGGCAUUGAUGGACUAGUGGAAUAUAAUGGCGGCUAUAGGAGGGACCACGCAUCACUGAGGAGAUGGUUAUUCCACUUCUUACCUGACUACGUGGAGGAAUUGAAUCCGGAGCAAUUUGAUGACAACGUUAUGAGGAAAGACGAUUUUUGGCUAGUCGACUUCUACUCGCCAUCGUGUGGACAUUGCCAUGUAUUCGCGCCAGAUUUUACUACAAUUGCUUAUAAAAUGAAAGACAGAGUGAAGUGCGGCAAACUGGACUGCCAGAAGUACAGAAACUUCUGCUCGAGAAUCGGAAUACAUGGUUACCCGACUGUCAUGUGGUACGAGUCGAGUAACCGCAGGAAUAAGGGCGUCGAGAUUGCCACGCAGUCUAUGAACUCCAUAAUCGAACUGGUUGAGAGCUACCUUGCAAAACCCGGCGGAGCUGGACUUCGUCAUGAUGAACUCUAAAAACAAUAACUGUUACUUAAUUGGCAGCCUGUGAUCAAAAUGUAAUUUAUACCAGUAUCGGUAGAAUUUAAUGUCCUGAUACAUUUGCUAAUCAUUGUUGUCCAGGAUGAUUGAAGCUAAAUUUGAAAUUCAGCUGUCAAUAAACAUUGGAAUAUUCAAGUACUUUCCUAUAUUGUAGAACUGAUUUUCAAUCAAUCAUUAUUUAUUUUCCAAAACUAGAUGAUUUUCACUGUAGAACAUAAUAUUUUAAUAUAAUCUAAAACUCAAAGCAUAAAUAGAGCUAAACUUUGUCUCAGCUAAGAUCAGAUUAAAUCUACAUUAGAAUUCUUCUGAGGUCUUAAAAAUUCGACUUUCUUCAAAUAAUUUUGAUAUUUACUAUUUUAACUUAAUAUUUUAACAUACACUUCAACUGUCUUGUCUUGAAUAAUUAACAUUUUUCUAUGAAUUUAUUAAGAGUUCUAAUUUAUUAAUCCAAUAUUUCUCUCUAAUCAUCAUGUUUUGGUGUUAUUAAGUGAUAAGCAAUUGUAUCAGGCAUUACACUGAGUGAUUAUUACAACUGAUAAAUUCUUUAUUCUUGUCAGCAUAAUAUUGCCAAAUGAUAAGUGAAGUAGUAUGUAGUUUUGUUUAACUGAUGGUCAUAUUGAUCGAAAUAUUUAAUGAAAUUUAAUAAUAACAUAAUUUAUUGAGAAAAGUAAACGUUCACUGCUUCCUAUCCUAUUGUAAAAUACACUUCUGUCAGCAUUCCUCACAAGUAACAUACAUAUUUCCCAUUCAACCAACGCUGACAGUUUGUCAUGAAUCUCUCUAUUCUUAGCCUACUUUAUAACCUAGUUUAUAAUCUUUUUCAAAUAUCAGUUGGAUAAAUUUAUCGUCAAAAUUGUGUUUUUUAGUUAUUUAUCGUCAAAAAUGUGUUUUUUAGUUUGAAAUGAUAAUGUUCAAUAGAGGAUAGACCUUAUUGCACCAACUAUUUCAUCAUACUGUCUAUCAAAUCAUUGUGAUGAUGCAGGAUUAAUAUUAACAUUAGAAUAACCGUAGUAUUGAUCUCAUCUGGUGCAAAAACAUGAAAGAAAUGGUAAGAAAUUUACACAGGAAUUGUUAAUAAAUAAAAUUUAUUAAUAAUAAUGAUAUUACAGCUAUUCUAAUUACAUUUCCAUACCAGAGUUGAAAU